AUGAGGCCGUCCAUUAUCAUGCUGAAACUUAAGGUGAUGGCGGCGGAUGAAUGGCACGACAAUGGGCCAGGAUCUCGUCACGGAGUCUCUAUGCAGUCGAUAAAAUGUAAUUGUGUUCAUUGUCCGUAGCUUAUGCCUGCCCAAAUCAUAACCCCACCGCCACCAUGGGGCACUCUAUUCACAACGUUGACAUCAGCAAUCCGCUAGCCCACAAGAUGCCAUACAUGUUGUCUGCCGGGAUUCAUCCAUGAAGAGCACACUUCUCCAGUGGCCAUCGAAGGUGAUCAUUUUCCCACUGAAGUCGGUUAUGACGCCCAACUGCAGUCAGGUCAAGACCCUGGUGAGGACAACGUGCACGCAGAUGAGCUUAAUAUCAACUGAAAUAAUAUCUAAUACCAACUGUGAUUACUAAUAAAAACUGUGAUAAUAUAUAAUAACAGUAUGUAUUAGAAGGGUAUGUUUUAGCCCUUUUCUUUAACAAAGGGUAUGCCAUACAUACCCUCACAUACACCCUCAAUUCGAGCCCGCAGCGUCUUCUGAGUUAAGAGCAAUUGAAUCCCUGCCUCCCCUAUCAUUUCACAAUACAAUCAAAUCACGCCACUACAUUUGAAUUCCAAGCCAAUGUCACCACAUGAGCGCUAGAGGGUAGCAGAUGCGUUGUCUAUUAUGUUUCGACAGUGUUUGUCUGCUACUGCUUGCCGUAGUUGCCGGGUAUUGGAGGUCAGCUGGAGGAGGUGUGCGUCUGAAAUAUUUCGUGCAUAAUGUCAUGAAAGUACAGAAAAUAAAGGAAUAUAGCGUUUUAAACAAUUAUGUCAUUUACAAGAAUGUGCAUCGCUGUUAAGCGUGGAACUUCAAUUGUACAAGAAGCGAGAGAAAAGAUAACGAAUUAACGGAGAAAUUCCUCCGUCCGUUUUGUCCUACAAAGAAAGAGGCGCCGAACACAGUUUGACAGCGCAGUCUAAACUGCGCAGGCCUGGCAUUAGAUAAACUGCUAUAGGCGCCAUCAAAUAAUAGAUAUUUAUGAAAGAACAAAGACUUUAUUGAUUUGUGAAUAAAAAAACAGUUGCAAAUAUGAGGAAGGACGUGAGGAUAUUACUCGUUGGGGAACCCAAAGUGGGGAAGACGUCUCUGAUCAUGUCAUUGGUCAGCGAGGAGUUCCCUGACGACGUUCCCCUUCGAGCGGAGGAGAUCACCAUCCCAGCAGACGUAACGCCAGAGAGAGUCCCCACACACAUAGUGGACUACUCAGAAGCAGAACAGUCAGACGAGCAGUUGUAUCAAGAAAUAUCGAAGGCAAAUGUUAUUUGCAUAGUUUACUCAGUCAACAACAAGAAGUCCAUUGAGAAGGUGACAAGCCAUUGGAUUCCCCUCAUAAACGACAGGACGGACAAGGAUAGCAGGGUACCACUGAUCCUGGUGGGGAAUAAGUCAGACCUGGUAGAACACAGCAGUAUGGAGACCAUCCUGCCCAUCAUGAACCAGUACUCUGACAUUGAGACCUGCGUGGAGUGCUCUGCCAAAAACCUGAAGAACAUCUCAGAGCUGUUCUACUAUGCCCAGAAGGCCGUGCUCCACCCUACAGGACCCCUGUACUGCCCAGAGGAGAAGGAGAUGAAGCCGUCUUGUAUCAAGUCUCUAACUCGCAUCUUCAAAGUGUCGGACCUGGACAACGAUGGCAUCCUCAACGACAAAGAACUCAACUUCUUCCAGAGGACGUGUUUCAACAUGCCCCUGGCGCCCCAGGCCUUAGAGGAUGUCAAGAACGUGGUGAGGAAGAACAUGACGGACGGAGUCAAGGACAACGGACUCACGCUCAAAGGGUUCUUGUUCCUGCACACGCUUUUUAUCCAGAGGGGGCGUCACGAGACCACCUGGACGGUGCUGCGGAGGUUCGGGUACGACGACGACUUGGAGCUUCACCAGGAAUACCUGUUCCCCCUGCUAAAAAUACCUGCUGACUGCACCACCGAGCUCAACCACAACGCGUACCUCUUCCUCCAGAGUGUCUUUGACAAGCACGACAAAGACAGAGACUGUGCCUUGUCUCCAGAGGAAGUAAAGGACCUGUUCAAAGUGUUUCCCUACAUGCCCUGGGGUCCCGACGUCAACAACACAGUGUGUACCAACGACCAGGGCUGGAUCACCUACCAGGGUUACCUGUCACAGUGGACGUUAACGACGUACCUGGAUGUGCAGCGCUGCUUGGAGUACCUGGGCUACCUUGGCUACUCAAUCAUCUGUGAGCAGGAGUCCCAGGCAGCAGCCAUCACAGUGACCCGUAACAAGCGCAUCGACCUGCAGAAGAAGCAGACGCAGCGCAGCGUGUUCCGCUGCAACAUUCUGGGAGCCAGGGGGAGUGGCAAGACCAGCUUCCUGCAGGCCUUCCUGGGUCGCAACCUGCUGAAACAGCGGAAGAUCAAAGAAGACCAUAAAUCGUUUUACUCCAUCAACACCACGUAUGUCUACGGCCAGGAGAAGUACUUACUGCUUCAUGAGGUGAUGCCAGACUUUGACUUCCUCUCAGAGGAGGACCUGGCGUGUGACGUGGUCUGUCUGGUGUAUGAUGUCAACAACCCGCGCUCCUUUGAGUACUGUGCCAAGGUCUACAAGCAAUACUUCAUGGACAGCAAGACGCCGUGCAUGAUGAUCGCCUCCAAGUCGGACCUGCACGAGGCGCGCCAGCACUACAGCCUGACCCCGCUGGACUUCUGCCGCAAGAACAAGCUGCACCCGCCCCAACCCUGGACCUGCAACACAGUGGACGCCCCCAACAAAGACCUCUACACCAAACUCACCACCAUGGCCAUGUACCCCCACGCCAAGCUCCGCUGCAUGUGUACCUGCAACAGGUGCACCUUCUGCAUCUGUCAGAACAUCCUCCGGUCCCAGCUACUGACAAAUAUAAAGGCCAAAUUCUACAGUGUUGUUCUGAACAGGCACAUGGCUCAGGCAGACCUGAAGAGCUCUACGUUUUGGCUAAGGGCAAGCGUGGGGGCAACCGUGUUUGCAGUCCUGGGCUUCGCUAUGUACAGAGCUAUCCUCAAACAACGAUGAUCAAGAUAGACACAGGAUGCAUGAGAUGACCCUUGACCCGCCCCCCACCGCCUAGUCUCUCCCCUUUGACCCCUCACCCCCUCCCUGAAAGAAAACAUGACCUCCAACAUCCCACAAUCCUCUGCCCCCCUUCCCCCAAAAAGAGACAACUACUGAAUGAAACAGAACUUCCAGCCCAUCUGAACCAGCCCUGAUCCCACAUCCACCCUACCGGAGAGGGAACAAACCAGAGAAACCACAUCCACCCUACCGGAGAGGGAACAAACCAGAGAAACCACAUCCACCCUACCGGAGAGGGAACAAACCAGAGAAACCACAUCCACCCUACCGGAGAGGGAACAAACCAGAGAAACCACAUCCACCCUACCGGAGAGGGAACAAACCAGAGAAACCACAUCCACCCUACCGGAGAGGGAACAAACCAGAGAAACCACAUCCACCCUACCGGAGAGGGAACAAACCAGAGA